AAGUAAUCUUUGUUUUAUUUAUUUAUUGGGGAAAUAAUCUUUCAUUUAUCCAAAGAGCCUACUGUACUGUACUAUAUUGUUAAGAUCGCACAAUUCUAACUCGUGGUCUAUAAUAGGAGUGAUGACAGAAAGGGGAAAAAGAGCCCAUCUCUUAGUAAUUCAGCAUUCGUAAUUUUAAUACUUGUUCAUUCUUAGUUCGAGGGGAACUCGUUCUAAGAAUCCGUAGACAUUUACGUGGGUGUUAUCAUGUGGUGGGAAUGUAUGGAAUAAAAGCGCGCACAGACCCCAUGAGAGGACGAGAGGACGCGACGCGACGCGUGCAGUCACACUUGAGGUUUUUCUGCGCUGAAUUUGACGCAACAGCAGCGAAGAUGGUUUGGUUGAUGAGGUUCAUCUUUCUCUUCUGUCUGUCCGUAACGAGGAUGUCCGCACUUAACUUUUUCCCUGAGAAAUUUGUAAUUGCUGAGAGACACGCAUCCGUUACCCUGACCUGUAGAACAGAUAAAGACAUAAUCACAUGGAGACGCGAGGAUGCAAGUAGCAUAGAGAACAUAUCACAGUCAGAAUAUGAAAUCCUCAGUGGGCGGGAUUUGACCGUGAUUGACCUGGAGGAAGACCUAACUGGGAAUUACACCUGCUGGAGUGAUACGGGUCUUGAAGACUACACCUAUCUCCUGCUCGACAAGUCUAAAGAAGCUACAGCAUUUCAUAUCAACUGCACAGCAGAGACGUUUUCCUGCACUGAAAAAAUCAAAUGUGCCUGGACCUCAAAUGAAUUUUCAGAUAAAUUUGCUUUCAGACUUCGCAAUACAAGGGAUAAUGGUGACUGGGUGUCACAGCCCGUGGAUGGGGUAUUUUUUCUCCCACAUUCCACCAAUUCAUACUCUGAAGAGUCCGAGCGGCUGCUGGUAACAGCGGAGGCGGCUUCUGCGUGCUGCUAUAUGAAAACUGACUACAGUUUCUUCCUACGGGACAUCAUUAAGCCAGCGAAUCCAAACAUUUCAUUCUGCUCUAUAAAAAAUGAGGAGAGUGAUAAUCAAAUCAUAGAAUUAGAGGUGGAGCCUCCCUCAACCUGGCCGCAGCCCCACAGUUUCUUUCCUCUGAAGCAUGAGAUAGAGUAUGAGAUACGAGACAACGGAGAGCUGAAGACUAAAGAAUGGGAGGUGGGGUCAAAGAUCAAAGUUCAGGGCUCCAUCACAAAACUGAGGGUCCGCUGCAGAGACCUGCUGCUCCUCUCUCAGUGGAGCGAGUGGAGCGAUUGGAAAAACGUGACCAAUGGGGAAAAAGGAGGCCGAACCAAAGGACAAAGAAAGAAACAAAGAAACAAGAAGAAACAUACAAGGAAAAAUAAAAUACAUAAAAAAACAAAGCAGAAAAAUAAAAAUAAAAAUCAGAAUUGGGCAUAUGUUUGAAUUUGUAAAAGCAUUUUUAUGCUGAAUGAAACAUUGUAAAUAGAGACAGUGAAUGUGUGUAUGAGCAUGUUUAUGAAACUUUUAGUCAACAGCAGAAGGCAGCAGUGAGGACAGAGGGGAUGCUGCCUCCUUUUGGGAGCUUCAUGGAAUUAUCUUUUUACUUUUUGUACAAGAAAAAUCAACAGAAUUCACUAACAGAAAUAUAACAGUAAAUAUAUAAAGAAAUAAAAUAUUGUAUUUUCCAAAAUA